GGUUAUAUUUACUACAUUAUUACAUAACUCGACAUACUUCAAUUCGUUUACAAUUGCUACAUUCAUACCAUACCUACUACGUUCACUAGCGCUAUUCUGGAAGGUUUUUGAACUAUUAUUUAUAGAAAACGCAGGCAGCGAUCCCAUUCGUACGAUAAUUAUCGUACGCGUCACAUAAUUUGAAGCCUUCUACGAUCCAAAAUUUGGCUUGUGCGAUCCAAAAUUCAGCUUGGAUGUAAUUAACAAUAAUUCAAUAUGUAAAUAUCGAAGUUGUUAACGACAACAAGUUGAUUUUGUUUUUUGUUUCGCGAUUCGGUUGUCGGUUGCAGCGUACUCUAGCGUACACAGUUGGACUAUUUUUUGGUGACUAGAGCCAGGUAACAAUUGAAAAUAGCUCGGAAACCAAUAAAAAACCAAAAAAGCCAGGAAAACCUUGAAAAAUACAAUUAGAAGGAUAGAAAAUAGGAAAAAGAAAAGGACGAAAAAGGACCUGAGGACCUAAAAAAAAAAAGAAAAAAAAGCAGGUCAUUAAGUUUGCAAAAUUAACAAUUAUAUGAUAAUGGAAGAAUGGAUAUACGAAAGUUUAUCUGGUUUGCUGGAUUUCCCAGUACCAGAAGAAUUAAUACAAUUUAUUAUAAAAAUAAGAAAUGAAAGAGAUUUAGAUGAAUAUCUUACAACUCUGUUGGAUUUGAAAAAUCCUAAACAUAAACAAUUUAUAGCUGAAUUGAAAAAAAGACAAGCUUCAUGCAAUGAUCCAGCUGGAUAUAAAAAAACGAAUGACAAUAAUGAUGAUUGUAAGAAAAAGCAAAAUGACAAGAAAAAAAAUAAAACAAAAGGCAAAGAAAAUAUACAGGUACAAGAAAUGAAAAUCGAUAAAAUAGAAAAAAUAGAAAAAAAGAAGCCAAAAUUUGUGAAUUUGUAUUCGCAAGAAGGACGCGAUAGAGAAACUGUUUUAUUAAAAGGUAGACACAAAUGUGACUGUGAAGCAAAAAAGCAUUCUCUGAUAAAUAAUUGCAAUAAUUGCGGUAGAAUAGUUUGUUAUCAAGAAGGAUCUGGUCCAUGUUUUUUUUGUGGAACAUUGGUAUGUUCUCGCGAACAACAAGCUAUACUUUCUAGUAAUACUAAGCAAGCAGAUGAUUUAUAUAAUAAAUUAAUGGAUCGAAAACCCAAUAAAGGCUUAGAAGAAUCUAUCAAACAACGCGAUAAACUACUGGAAUAUGAUCGCAAUAGUGCACGACGUACAAAAGUAAUUGACGAUGAAUCGGAUUAUUUUCAAACAAAUAGUACAUGGCUUACAUCCGCAGAACGAGAAAAAUUUCGAAAGCGCGAAGAAGAAAUAAGUGCUCAAAAACAUGCAUCUCGUUUGAGUAGAAAAGUAACUUUAGAUUUUAUUGGUAGAGAAGUAUUCGUAGGUCAAGAGGAGAAUAAUGAAUUAGACGAUCUAUAUGAAUUGACGUUAGAUACUGAGUCAAUAAAUAGCAAUAUUUCUCCAAAUAUAAAUUUCGACAGCCUAACGUAUAUUAAACAAGAAACGAUGCGAUCUGUUAAACAAACAUCAAACAUUAUUGCAAAAAGUAAAAUUCAAGAUAAAGAAUAUUUAGAACUAACGGAUCAAGGCUUAUGUUUAAGUAUGCAUCAGCCGUAUGCUUCGCUACUGGUUGCAGGAAUAAAACUUCACGAAGGUCGAACUUGGUAUUCUUCUCAUAGAGGAAGAUUAUGGAUAGCGUCGACUGCUAAAACACCUACUGCAGGAGAUAUUUCAGAAAUAGAACAUUUCUAUCGUAUUUUAAAAAAUGAGAAAAUUAAAUUUCCGGAAAACUAUUCUACUAGUACUUUAUUGGGCUGUGUAACAAUUGUUGAUGUUUUGUCUCAAGAACAAUACAGAGAAAUGUAUCCCGAAGGAGAAAGUGAAAGCCCUUAUGUUUUUAUAUGCGAAAAUUCGUAUACUCUUCCUAUUAAAUUCCCUAUACAAGGAAAACAUAAGAUUUAUAAAUUAGAUAACAAAAUUCAUCAAGCUGCUAUGAAAUCUUUAGACAAAGUUAUUAAGGAGAAAAAAGAAUAAUUCAUUACAUUAUCUAAUUAAAAAGUGCUUGUACAUUUGCAUGUUUAUAAAUAUAAUUUAACGCAGAUAUAAUAAUCUUACAUAGUACGUAAUCUCAUUUUAUAAAAGUAACAGAGAAUUCUAUUCAAUGAAUUCGUUUUCACAAUAAAGUAACAUUUUAAAUAGUAUUUAAAUAUUAUAUAUAUAUGUAUAAAAGAAACAAUCAUCAAAAUAUACUUCUUGCAAUGUAUACAAAACGUAAUUUAUUAUUUGUUUACAAUGUGGAUAACAUUAUUAAAAAAUUAAUUGCAUGUUAUGUAAGCACAAUUAUUGUAAUGUAAUCAUCAUCAUUACAUUUAUUUAUUGUAUAUUUAAUAUUAUAUUUUUUGUGCUAUACUUAUCUCCCUACCUAAAUACAUCAUUAAUGAAAAAAUAUUAUCAGUCCUCUCAGAUAUUAGAAUAGUCGAUCGAUAUAUUAAAUAUACAUUUAUAUUUUUCUAAUUUCUGAAAUGUAGACAGAAGCAAUUUUAAGAAAAAUGUGUUUCAUGCGAAUACGUGGCAAUAUUCUAAUAAAACUCAUGACUAUCCUUUUCAAAGUCUCAUCAGUUUUGUUUUUUUAAACAUAUAUCAAACCUUAAUUGUGUCUAUAUUUAUGUUAUUUGUCAAUUACUAAAUCUAAAAAAUUUCCAAAACUUUGUAUCUUAUUAAGCACCUGUACUAUGCAAAUUAAAAUAAAAAUUAAAAUAUACAUAUUUUCCUAAAUAUAAAGUCUUAUUUCUCUAAUAAAAUAACAUUUAAUUGUAAGCAAUAUUUUCACGAACCU